GGAAAGAUUUAAAAGCUAUGAAUGUAUUGUUAUCAAAUAUUAGAAACUCUAAUUUUACACCCCAAACACUACUCCAAUUAUUUGAUUCUUUCGUUACAUCUACAAUGUACUGUGGUUGUGAGAUAUGGGGUACGGUAAACGGGUGCAUCUUAAAUUCUGUAAGAAAGUAUUAAAUGUACAUUGAAAGGCAUGUACUAUUGCAGUAUAUGGAGAACUAGGUCAGUAUCCUAUUAACAUCAAUAGAUUUUGUAGAAUUUUGAAGUACUGGUUUAAAUUAAAUAAUACUUGUAAUUGUAUAUUACAGGUUGCAUAUAAUAUUUGUUUGCAGCAUUGUGAUAAAGGUGUGAAAAAUUGGGCAUGAUAUGUAAAAGAUAUGUUGUGUACAAAUGGUUUUACGUAUGUGUGGUUAAAUCCUUUAUAAAUCCUAUGAUAUUUGUCUCUUUGUUUAUACAAAGACUUAUAGAUAAUUAUAUACAAAAUUGGAACUCAGACCUCAAUAAUAGUAGAAAGUUGAUGUUGUAGAGAAAUCUAGAAGUAACUUUUGGUUAUGAAUUAAAUCUCAAUAUUUUACCAUGGGGUCGACGGAAAUAUGUAACAAUGAUUAGAAUAUCGAGUGACAAGUUAAAAAUAGAAGUUGGACGAUAUCACAACAUUAUCAAAGCUCUUAGAUACUGUGAUUAUUGUCAAGCUAGAAGUGUUAACAUACUUGAAGAUGAGUAUCAUCCCACAUAUAUAGAUAACAGAGUUAAAUAUAUACAUAAAUAUUAUUGGGAAAGGCCAUCUGAAUUAAAACUAGUUACCCUGCCACAAACAAGUUGUAAAACACAACUGUUACACAUUUCUAAAUAUAUUAAAUCCUGUUUACAGUAAAUAUGAAAUUGUAUCCUACCUCCAUUGUCAGUAUAUAUUUUUGUUGUAUCUGUUAGAUGAGGGGCAGAAGCCCAAAACUUUUUCAUGAAUAAAUAUUUCUUCUGUCCUGUCUUCUAUUCACAUUUACCCACGCAGACAAAUUUUCAAGGUGAAAGGUUAUGGUAAGCUUCGUCCAAUCAAAUGCAAGGAUUCAAGGAGAUUUCCCCCUUUCGUCACCACUCGCCCCUUUCCGUAACCUGCAAGAAGACUAUCGAUGAAUCGAUGAAUCUUAUGUGCGAAAGUACGACAAACCAAUCAGAAUGCGUAUAUGAUUUCAAGUUCUUCGUCAAAGAAUCCCUCAUAAAUAUUUUUUGAUUUUACAUAUGUCUUGCAUAUAAAUAUAUACCCAAGACACAUUUAAAUGUGUUCAAUCAUACUGUAUAAUUCCGCACGUCCCGAUUUACUUUAAAUUGCAUCUGAAAUAAAUAAAUGGGGAAAUAUAUGUGAACCAUUAUGCAACGACUUGACAAUUGUUUUGGGUAUGCCUGUUUGCGAGAGGUUGGUCACGAAUGAGAUUUCCCCCUUCUCUGUCAAUGUGGUCCUCCAAUUGCCCCAUCACUGGUCUGAAGCCAAGUGUUUUGGGUCGCUGGCGCUAAUUGGCAUCUGGUGAUUAUGUGGGCUAAUUAAAACGGUGAUGGCUAAACGACUGAGAUUUGGAGUGUAGUUUGCCUUUAAAAACACACAGAACCUUUUAUGUACUGUCCCUUUAAAGGUUUAUUGAAGAAAAACCAGAACCUAAAAUAUAUUGAACAUCAUACUGUGAUUGGAGAAUACAGUGAAAACAAUUCAUUUCUUAGCACUUGGAUUCUGCAAAACUAUUAAUAUAAUCUUUAAUUAGCAUUAUUUCAUUCUGACUAAAAUCAUGUAUAUGAAGGACUCUUCAACUGUGGUAUUAAAUCAAGUACAUUUUAUAUUGACAUGGAACACUCAUAGAUUCGCAUGUGAAUAUACAAAAUACUGAAAGAAAAUUUAUGUCUACAACAGUAAUUGUACACACAACACAGUGUAUUCAUGACAAGGUGAAAACCUAGUGGUUGAUAUCUGUAUGAAAUAAUGAUAUCUACCCCCCAGGUGAUAAACAUCAAUUUUCAUGCUACCAAACCAUAUUCAGUAAUAGGUGGUCGGAUGGUCUCAAACAAGACAAUGAAAAUGGAUAGAUAAAAAUAAUAAUCAACUCUUAUUGACAGAGAUAUUCGAUGGUUAUUUAUAAAAAAGAUAACAAUGAUUUGUUAUUGCAACAAAGCAUCAACAUGUGAUUUGACAUGUAAAUAUUAUGCAUUGCCAAACCUCAGCUAAACCCAAAAGUGUUUACAUUUUCUAUCAUAGCUACCACGACACAAUUGGUUAGCAAUGGGAAUUAAGUUGUGUGGGCUAGACAACACAGGUCUCUGCUUGUGGCAUUAAAGAUAAAUCACUGGCAGUGAUGCAUUAACAUACAGGACCCGGUUGUAUCAAAGCCUCAUUAACUAAUGCCUACAUUAAACCCUAAUGAUACAUUAAAUGCUUAAUGCACCAUUAGUUAAUGGCAUCAUUAAAAUCGGUUGUAUCAAACGUUUAUUAGCAUAUCAUUAUCUAAUGAUGCCUUAAUGUAAGUGUCUUCAUUAACCUGUCAUUAAAUUCGGUGUUUCCCCUAAAUAUUUCCCACAAUUCCUUGACGUAAAUACGUACGCGUUACUUCUGGUCGUCUGUCAAAAUGGCAUCGUAUCCACCCAAACCUAGGAAUAGAAACAAGAAUUUCGACAGCUCCGAAAUUCAGCUUAUUGCCGAGUUGGUGGAGAAACACAUCUCCAUUCUUAACAGUAAGUUGUGUAGCACCGUCAUCCACGAAAGAGAGAAGGCUAUUUGGGCAGAGAUAACUUCCAAAGUUAACGCUCUCGGUGUUUGUCAGCGUACAACAAAAGAAAUAAAAACAAAAUGGACGAACAUGCACCAGACGGCCAAAAGGGAAUUCAGUAACAGACAGCUGGACAUGAGGAAGACCGGGGGAGGGCCCUGUAUUGCCCCACUUUCCACGACGAGUGAAAAGAUAGUGGACAUUUACAAGGAAUGUCCCAGUUUCACUGGACUCACGGGCAUCGAAUCGGACGAUCUAGUGAUGCAAAUGGGUACGGAAGUCGCCGAUGUAAUUGGCUCUCCUUCGACUUUACACCUGUUAGCACGGGCUUUAGAAGAAAAUGUUUGCGAUGUCCCUACUCAGGAAGCGUCUGUGCCCAGUUGUUCCAGCACACAGAUCUACCCAGAAGGAGAACUGUCUGUCGACGCAUCUGCGUUACAUGACGACAUUAGUACCAUCGAAGAGCCUUUGGUCCAGACUGGGGGGAAAUCAAAUCGUGUCACCAAGAGAAAGAUCAAACAGGAUGACAUCACCAGACUGCAGUAUGAGGUUUUGCUUGAGCAGAAAAAGAAAGUCAUUCAGCAAACCAUUGACUUUGAACUCAUGAACAAGAAGCUCCGAUUGGAGUUGGAUAGCUUGAUGCACCAUGAAUGAAAACGACAUCCUCAUGUUUGAAAUGUUACUAAGAGUUCAUUAAAAAAAAAAAUUAGUUUGAUAGUGUGCU